AUGAAAUUACUAGCAAGAGGCUACGUCUACUGGAAAAAUAUGGACAAGGAUUUAGAAGAUGUGGUAAGAAACUGUCGUGAAUGCCGCCUGCAUCAAAACGAGCCUCCACCAGUUACACUACACCACUGGGAGCCACCAACCGGCCCGUGGCAGCGACUCCAUAUUGACUUCGCGGGACCUCUGAAAGGACAGUCCUUACUUAUAGUUGUCGAUGCUUUCACCAAAUGGGUUGAAAUCUUCCCCACCAAAACGACAACCAGUUCGUGGUGUAUCAGAAAAUUACAUGAGAUUUUUAUUACGUUUGGGUUUCCCUUAACACUCGUUUCUGAUAACGGACGUCAAUUCAUUUCAACAGAGUUCGAAGAUUACCUUAAGAAAAAAGGAGUAGUACAUAGAACGUCCGCACCGUACCAUCCAGCUACUAACGGACAAGCUGAGAAAUAUGUACAGACCAUUAAAAAGGCUUUAAAUUGCAUGGACACUGAACCAGGUAAUCUGCACGACAAAAUCCUAGCAGUAAAGGAACGUUUGUUAAGAACACCGAGUACUACCACCGGCAAGAGCCCAUAUGAACUUAUGUUUAGCAGAACGAUAAGAAAUACGUUGCACGUGCAGUUCAAGAUUAGGGGGGAAGAUGUGGGGGCAAGACCCGAAAGGUCCGAAGAAAACCGCACCGUUCGGUCAUUUACUGUCGGCCAGAGAGUUUAA